UUUUACAGCCUUAGUUUGACAUCUGCGCCUGCGCAGUGUAGUGACCGCGCAGUUCCUUUUGCUCCAGACGACGUUUGAAAGCUGGCAAGGCGAGCACGUCUGAACGGUUUGGAGUGUCUCCCAUCCCAUCCUGACUGAAAUAUACUGGAACGCUACGAGCAUGGAACUGAAUGAUGCUAACCUACAAACCCUCACCGAGUUCCUCAGGAAAACACUGGACCCAGACCCAACAGUCAGACGGCCAGCUGAAAAGUUUCUGGAGUCUGUUGAGGGAAACCAGAACUACCCCUUAUUACUGCUCACUUUGCUUGAGAAGUCCCAAGACAACGUGAUCCGGGUCUGUGCUGCCGUCACCUUCAAGAACUACAUCAAAAGGAACUGGCGUGUUAUUGAAGAUGAACCAAACAAAGUCUCUGAUCCCGACCGGACAGCGAUCAAAGCAAACAUAGUAAAUCUGAUGUUAAGCAGCCCGGAGCAGAUUCAAAAACAGUUGAGUGAUGCCAUCAGUAUCAUAGGAAGGGAAGAUUUCCCUCAAAAAUGGCCUGACCUGCUUACAGAGAUGGUGACCCGCUUCAGAAGUGGAGACUUCCACAUCAUCAACGGAGUGCUUCGCACCGCACAUUCCCUCUUCAAGAGGUAUCGCCAUGAGUUCAAGUCAAAUGAGCUUUGGUCAGAGAUCAAACUAGUACUGGACACAUUUGCCCUCCCUCUGACAGAGCUGUUCAAGGCCACUAUUGAGUUGUGUCAGACUCAUGCUACAGAUGUCAAUGCCUUGAAGGUCCUCUUCUCUUCCCUCACUCUCAUCUCCAAGCUCUUCUACAGUCUUAACUUCCAGGACCUUCCAGAGUUUUUUGAAGAUAACAUGGAAACCUGGAUGACCAAUUUCCACGGCCUCCUUACUUUGGAUAACAAGCUUUUACAGACAGACGACGAAGAGGAAGCAGGUCUCCUAGAGCUGCUCAAGUCUCAGAUAUGUGACAAUGCAGCUCUUUACGCUCAGAAGUACGAUGAAGAAUUCCAGCCAUAUCUGCCGCGCUUCGUCACUGCAAUCUGGAACCUUUUAGUUUCUACUGGCCAGGAAGUGAAAUACGACUUGCUCGUAAGCAAUGCAAUCCAGUUCUUGGCGUCGGUCUGUGAAAGGCCACACUAUAAGCAUCUAUUUGAGGACCAGAAUACACUCACCAGCAUUUGUGAGAAGGUCAUUGUGCCCAACAUGGAGUUCAGAAGUGCAGAUGAGGAGGCCUUUGAGGAUAACUCUGAAGAAUACAUUCGAAGGGACCUUGAAGGAUCUGACAUCGACACUCGUCGUAGGGCGGCGUGUGACUUGGUGAGAGGCCUCUGUAAGUUUUUCGAGGGUCCCGUCACAGCAAUCUUCUCCGGCUACGUGAACUCGAUGCUCGGGGAGUAUGCCAAAAAUCCCGGGGAGAACUGGAAACACAAGGACGCUGCCAUCUAUUUGGUCACAUCACUGGCGUCUAAAGCGCAGACGCAGAAGCAUGGCAUAACACAAGCCAAUGAGUUGGUGAAUCUCAAUGAAUUCUUUGUGAACCACAUUCUCUCAGACUUAAAAUCUCCCAAUGUAAACGAGUUCCCAGUGCUGAAGGCAGAUGCCAUCAAGUAUGUCAUGAUCUUCAGAAGCCAGCUUCCUAAGGAGCAGCUGCUGCAGGCAGUUCCUCUACUGAUCAGUCACCUGCAGGCAGAGAGCACAGUUGAGCACACUUAUGCGGCCCAUGCCUUAGAGAGGCUGUUCACGAUGAGAGGCCCCAACAACACCACACUUAUCACUGCUGCAGAGAUGGCACCUUUUACUGAACAGCUGCUCAACAAUUUGUUCAAGUCGCUUGCUCUUCCUGGUUCUGCAGAAAAUGAAUACAUCAUGAAAGCCAUCAUGCGCAGCUUCUCCCUGCUGCAGGAGGCCAUUGUUCCCUACAUUCCCACUCUGAUUGGUCAGCUCACACACAAGCUCCUCUUAGUCAGCAAGAAUCCCAGCAAGCCUCACUUCAACCACUACUUGUUCGAGUCCCUGUGCCUGUCGGUCCGCAUCACCUGCAAGGCCAACCCCGCCACUGUCAGCAGCUUCGAGGAAGCGCUCUUCCCCGUCUUCACCGAGAUCCUUCAGAACGAUGUCCAGGAGUUUCUUCCAUACGUGUUCCAGGUGAUGUCUCUCCUCCUAGAAAUCCACUCCAACUCGAUACCCUCCUCCUACAUGGCUUUAUUCCCUCACCUGCUGCAGCCUGCACUAUGGGAACGUACAGGAAACAUACCCCCUCUGGUGCGCCUGCUUCAGGCUUACCUAGAGAAGGGAGGUGCCACUAUUGCCGCCUCUGCUGCAGAUAAAAUACCUGGCUUGCUUGGAGUUUUCCAAAAGCUUAUUGCCUCCAAAGCCAACGACCACCAAGGUUUUUACCUUCUCAACAGCAUCAUUGAGCACAUGCCCCCUGAAUCGAUCACCCAGUACAGGAAACAGAUUUUCAUUUUGCUCUUCCAGAGGCUACAGAGCUCCAAAACUACCAAGUUCAUCAAGAGUUUCUUGGUGUUUGUGAACUUGUAUAGUGUCAAAUAUGGAGCUAUUGCACUGCAGGAGAUUUUUGACAGCAUCCAGCCAAAAAUGUUUGGUAUGGUGUUGGAGAAAAUAAUUAUUCCAGAGGUUCAGAAGGUGUCGGGACCAGUUGAAAAGAAGAUCUGCGCUGUUGGCAUCACGAAGGUCCUCACUGAAUGUCCUGCGAUGAUGGACACAGAGUACACUAAACUCUGGACCCCUCUGCUCCAGGCGCUCAUUGGUCUCUUUGAGUUGCCGGAAGACGACAGCAUCCCCGACGACGAGCACUUCAUCGACAUUGAAGACACACCGGGUUAUCAGACGGCGUUCUCACAGCUGGCCUUUGCAGGGAAGAAGGAGCACGACCCGAUUGGAGACGCUGUCGGCAAUCCAAAGAUCCUGCUAGCUCAGUCACUUCACAAGCUUUCUACUGCCUGUCCGGGACGGGUUCCCUCGAUGCUGAGCACCAGCCUGAACGCAGAAGCCCUCCAGUACCUGCAGGGGUACUUACAAGCAGCCACUGUGCAGUUGGUGUGAAACUGAUGUGAUGGUGUUCACUUAAUAAGGAGACCAGAAUACACUGCAGGAGUAGCCAGAGUGACCUCGGGUCACACGACAGACCUGCUUCAGCUGAACUUUAGUCCUUACAGAUUUGGUUUGCCUUGACAGUUCUUGUUGGAUUUACCAGAGAAGAAUCAUUUUGCCUGAAUUUGGGGUGAUGAUGCAAAUUUUUUUUAAGGGUUUUUAAAGACACGACCAAAAGUUGACUUACCUGAAGUACUGCUUGGUGUUCGGGCCCGUUGUUUGCUGUGUGGCAAAGCUAACAAGGAUUUGGAUGUCGAGCUCAGAUACAAUUGUCGGUUUAUUUCAGUUACAGCAGUAUCAGCAGACGUAUAUUUCAACAGUAUUUUGGAACGCUGAACAUCAGAAUUUAUAUGGGAGGGACUUCUUUAGCGCUUCUUUUGUUUGUUUGAAUUCCUUUUUUGGAGACUGUAGACUGUGGCUCAAUCAUAAUGCUUAAUAUUUUUUUCUGUUGCAUGUUUUUCCUGUAGAUUUGUCCAUGUCUCGUCUUUGUUUCUGCACUGUUUGUUAAUGUGAAUAAAAGAAGCACUUGUAUA